UUCAGAAUAUGGCUGAAGAGUUAGAAGAAGUGAGAAUUGAUCAGUCUGUCAGUGAGAAUCACGAAGUCGAACCGUCCCACUGCUCAACCGAAUCGUCUUCGUCUGCCUUGGAAGAUUUGUUUGCUGAUCGCUACUCCUUGGAGAAUGAGUCCUACGCGAAGAUUUGCAAAGGAUUCGAGCCUGUGAUAUGUUUGCAUCCAUUUCAUUCUAGACCGAAGCGGAACUUCGACAACAAUAGCAGUAACCAGUACCGAGGCCGUGGCGGUUGGAAUCGUGGAGGAGGAGAUUGGAGAGGUGGAGGAGGACGGGGAGGUUGGAGAGGUGGUGGAAGACGAGACGAUUAUUCAAGAAAUGGACAAGGAGGAGGAAACUGGCAAAAUAAUGAUCGGAGAGGCCAACGUAGACCUUGGAACGACGGGAACGACCGGAGAUCGGAUGGAGGAGGGCGACGGUUCCGUGCAGAUUGAUAUUUCUGUUGAAUUU